AUGCAAAUAUUCACCAAAUUCGAAUCCAAGUCUUCAAGAGUAAAAGGAGUUGCUUUUCAUCCUAAAAGAACAUGGAUUCUCACAUCAUUACAUAAUGGAACUAUUCAACUAUGGGACUACCGUAUGGGCACAUUAAUUGAUAGAUUUGACGAACAUGAUGGUCCUGUUCGAGGAAUAUCAUUUCACCAUACACAACCGUUAUUUGUGUCUGGAGGUGAUGAUUAUAAAGUCCGUGUCUGGAAUUAUAAAUCAAGAAAACUUUUUUUUACACUUACUGGUCAUCUGGAUUAUGUCCGAACAGUUUUUUUUCAUCAUGAAUAUCCAUGGAUACUCUCUUGUUCAGACGAUCAGACUAUACGUAUAUGGAAUUGGCAGUCUAGGAAUUCAAUUGCUAUUCUUACAGGUCAUAAUCAUUAUGUUAUGUGCGCGCAAUUUCACCCUAAAGAGGAUCUAAUAGUUUCUGCUUCUUUAGAUCAGACAAUCCGCGUUUGGGAUAUUUCAGAACUUCAUAAAAAAAAUACUGCUCCAUCUUUAACUUUUGAAACUCAAUUAGGCAAAUCUCAUAAUCAAGCUUCAGAUCUUUUUGGAAAUAAUGGAGUAGUUGUUAAAUAUCUUCUCGAAGGCCAUGACCGUGGUGUCAAUUGGGUUUCUUUCCAUCCCACUUUACCCCUUAUUGUUUCUGCUGGUGAUGAUCGCUUAAUUAAACUCUGGCGUAUGAGUGAAACCAAAGCAUGGGAAGUGGACACAUGCAGAGGACAUUUCAAUAAUGCAUCUGCAGUCUUGUUUCAUCCUCAUCAAGAACUUAUUCUUUCUGUCGGGGAAGAUAAGUCAAUACGUGUUUGGGAUCUUAACAAACGCACAAGUAUACAUUCAUUUCGUCGUGAUAGUGAUAGAUUUUGGAUUAUUGCUGCACAUCCAGAAAUCAAUCUUUUCGCUGCUGGUCAUGAUAGUGGGGUUAUGGUUUUUAAACUAGAACGAGAAAGGCCAGCGUAUACUAUUUACCAAAAUACCCUUUUCUUUAUGAAUAAAGAAAAUUAUAUAUGUUCAUUUGAUUUAAAAGGUGAUACUAGCGAAUCUUAUGUUAUUUCUCUUCAAAAACUUGGUAAUCAUUGGAAAAGACCACGUACUAUUUCAUAUAAUCCAGCUCAAAGAAUGAUCCUAGCAUGCUCGCCAACAGAUAAUGGUAUCUAUGAAAUUUUUAAUAUAACUUCAGAUGAAAAAGAAUCUUUAAAUUCUACAGAGACUAAAAGAGCUACAUAUGCAUAUACAGAUGAAAAUACUGAACAAUUGACUGGUUCUGCUGUUUCUGCUAUUUUUAUAGCUCGUAAUAGGUUUGCUAUCUAUGACAAAUCAGAUCAAACUAUUAAAAUUAAGGAUUUAUCAAACACUACUAUAAAAACUAUUCAACCACCUGUCACUGUUAAUGAUAUUUUCCAAGCAGGAAAUAAAAAUAUCAUUAUUUCUUCAUCUACACUAACUGUUUUAUAUGAUAUUCAACAAAAAAGCAUUAUUAAUCAACUUCAUAUUUCUCAAAUAAAAUAUAUUGUUUGGUCAAAUGAUGGUGAGCAUGUUGCUCUUCUUGGAAAGCAUACAGUGACUAUAGCAACAAAGCUUCUAAAACAAGUAUGUUCUUUAUAUGAAACAAUACGUAUUAAAAGCGCAUGUUGGGAUGAUUCAAAUGUUUUGAUAUAUUCUACUCUUAAUCAUAUCAAAUAUACUCUUUUAAAUGGUGACAAUGGCAUUAUUCGUACUAUAGAUCAACCGGUUUAUCUUGUACGAGUAAAAGGAAAAACUGUAUAUUCUCUUGAUCGUAAUUCAAAACUGAAGUUUAUAAAUAUUGAUCCAACUGAAUAUCAUUUUAAGCUUGCUUUAAUAAACAAAAAUUAUAAUGAAAUGUUGCAUACUAUUCGAACAUCAAAUCUCGUCGGACAAAGUAUCAUUAAUUAUGUUCAGGAAAAAGGGUACCCAGAAAUUGCUUUACAAUUCGUGCAAGAUCCACAAGCACGAUUUGAACUUUCUUUAAAAUGCAACAACCUUGAACUUGCAUUAAGUCUAGCUAGAAAGAUCGAUAAGCCUGAAGUAUGGAAUUCUCUUAGUACUGAAGCUCUACUUCAAGGUAAUCACCAAAUUGCCGAAAUAUCAUAUCAAAAAGUUAAAAAUUUUAAUAAACUUUCUAUGUUAUAUUUAAUAACUGGUAACACUGAGAAAGUUGAGAAGAUGUUAAAGAUUGCAGAAAAACGUGGAGAUUAUACAAGCAGGUUUCAUAAUGCACUUUUUCUGGGCGAUAUAGAAUCUCGUAUACAAAUAUUUAAAGAAAUUGAUCAAUAUGCACUAGCAUAUGCUACAGCUAAAACAUAUGGACUUACAGAUCAUUGUGACUCUAUUUUAAAGGAAACAGGCGUUACAGAAAAUGACAUUAAAAUUCCUUCUGGGGAAAUCUUAUUACCUCCAAAGCCCUUAUAUAAAACUUUCGAAGCCAAUUGGCCCUUAAAACCUGUAACACACACUUGGAUUGAAAAAGCAUUAUUUAACCAGUUUGAUUUAAUGUCUAUAAAUGACCAAUAUUCUAAUUGCAAUGAUAUCGAUUCUAUGACUAAUCUAGAUAAUAAAUCUAAUAUACAGUAUGAUCAAAAAGAUAUUGCACAUGAAAAUCUAGAUGAAGAAGGAUGGAAUAUAGAUGAUGAUAUAGUCAUAAAUACAGAAACUCAAAGUGACGAAGAUUUUGAAAUAGAGACAAAUAUUUCUACUGGAAUUAAAGAAACAGAUCUUUGGAUUCGGAAUUCUCCCCUUGCGGCAGACCAUAUUGCAGCAGGAUCUUUUGAAAGUGCAAUGCAGUUACUUAAUCGACAAGUUGCGGUUGUUAAUUUUGAACCCCUUAAAUCAAAAUUUAUGACUAUUUUCCAAGCAUCAAAAGUGUUUUUACCUGCAUCACCUUCCUUACCAUCACUUCAUUAUUAUCUUCGACGAACAAAAGAAACAGAUUUAAGAAAACUACUUCCCAAUAUCCCAUUGGAUUUAAAUAUGUCUUCAAAACUUCUUCAAAAUGGUUAUCAACUUGUUAAAGCUAAUAAAUUAUCUGAAGCAAUUGAUGUUUUUCGUAAUAUAUUGUAUAAUCUUUUGUUAACAACUGUCUCUACUGAAUCUGAAGAAAAUCAAAUAACUCAAUUAGUUGAAACUAGUCAACAAUAUAUUGUUGGUUUAUCUAUGGAGUUAAAAAGAAGAGGACUUCCACCAGAAUCUAUAGAACUUAAUCUUGAACUAAUGGCUUAUUUUACACACAUUGCACUUCAACCUUCUCAUAAACAGCUUGCAUUACGACAAGCUAUGAAUUUAUCAUAUAAAAACAAAAAUUUAUUUAGUGCAUCACAUUUUGCAUCUCAGUUGUUAGAACUUAAUCCUUCUAAUCAAAUUGUAGAACAGGCACAAAAAAUUCUUGCAAUUGGAGAUAAGACUCCUAAAGACGCCAUAGAAACUAAGUACGAUCCAUUUACUGAUUUUGACAUAUGUUCAAAAUCUUAUACUCCCAUAUAUAAAGGUACUCCUAAGGAAUCGUGCCCAUUUUGCCGAGCAAAGUAUCUCUUAGAAUAUAAUAAGACUUUAUGCGUAGUAUGCAAAAUAUCAAACAUAGGAGCACCAGCUACGGGACAACGUAAUAGAGUAUCCAUGAAAUAA